CAGCUACAACUCACGUCGGUUGCUCUCGGUCGUAACAGUCCGCACACGCUACUAUCGUCUGUCACACGUACUCAACACGUCAGUUUUGUCAGCCCACACGCCGUAAGCACAUAAAUACACCCUCACCAGGGUGGAGAGUGAAAAUUAUAGGGACACGGCUGACCAUAUAAAACGUACACUCAUGUAGUCGCCAUGUAAAGCUAUGYACCUUAUGACCAUCCUUGAUAUCUCAGAUUAUAUCGGUGCAGUCUCGCAUGUGGUGAGAAAGGAUGACAGAUAGUCCGGCCGGAGACGUGAGACGGAUUCGUCUUCGGAAUGAUUGACGAUACGGUGGUGAAUGACGCGUAGAAGAAACGCCCGGAAAUCGGMAGUGGAAGAAAAAACUGUGGUGUCAGGUUCGACAGAUCGCCCAGAAGGAUAGAUUCGAGGAGAGAGGAACUGCUCAGAAAAAAUAAAUAAAUAUUAUUUUGCCAUCGCAUUAGAAUCCGUACGGGGAAACACGAAAGGGGGCAAAAACAGAGUAGGUUUACGGCUGAAAUGGCCAACGGCAGUGGUGGUGGAAGUGGCGGUGGCGCGGGUGGCGGCGGCGGUGGAUUUGAGGCGCUGCAAAACGUCGUACCCAACGUGUUUCCGCCCAUAUACAUACCAACUGGUCCCGGAUCUAACGGCACGAACGCCAUCAACUAUACCGAGGCCAUCGAACGCGAAUACGUUGAAGACUACGUUUUCCAGUCCGCUUUCUCGUUCGUCUAUCUGCUCAUAUUCACGCUGGGCGUGUUCGGCAACGUGCUCGUCGUGUACGUAGUGUGGGCCAACAAACACAUGCGCACCGUCACCAACAUAUUCAUCGUCAACCUGGCCGUGUCCGACAUCAUGCUCUGUGGGCUGGCCGUGCCGUUUACGCCACUCUACACCUUCACCGGUCAUUGGAUGUUUGGUGAGAUAUUCUGCCAUAUAGUUCCAUACGCCCAGGGCACUAGCGUGUACACUUCCACGUUGACGCUGACGUCUAUCGCCAUCGAUCGGUUCUUCGUCAUCAUCUAUCCGUUUCAGCCAAGGAUGACUAUAUGGACUACCGCGCAAAUAAUCGCCACCAUAUGGAUAUUCUCGUUGGUAGCCACACUACCAUACGGUAUUUACAUGGCCAACAAGGAAAUGUAUGGGAAAGAUUUUUGCGAGGAGACGUGGCCACAAGAGACGUUCAGAAAGAUUUUUGGUGCCAUUACUGCCAUCCUACAAUUUGUCCUGCCGUUCCUAAUUAUAGCGUUCUGCUACGUCCGAGUGUGGCUAAAACUUAACGACCGGGCCAGAUGUAAGCCCGGCACAUCGACGAAGAACGCAAGGCGGGAAGAAGUGGAGCGCGAGAGAAAGAGCCGGACUAACAGGAUGUUGAUAGCCAUGGUGACAAUAUUCGGCGUGUCUUGGCUUCCGCUGACCGCCAUUAACCUGCUGAACGAUUUCUAUCUUCAGACUGCCACAUGGAAACACUACUACCUGUUUUUCUUCUCUGCUCAUGCCGUGGCCAUGAGCUCCACGUGCUAUAACCCGUUCCUAUAUGCGUGGCUUAACGAAAACUUCCGGAAAGAGUUCAAACAGGUGUUGCCUUGUUGGCGCAACGGUUCCGGAUACGGUGCAACUGGAGCUGACUUGGGUCAGGGACGCCGGGGCCGCGUYGGCGGUUAYCGGUCAGAGCGGACGUGCAACGGCAACGAUACGUGCCAGGAAACACUGUUGCCAACGUCCAUUGUGCUGCCUUCUGGCCGAACUACCGCCACUACAGAYUGCACCGGAGUCGAUCUCGUA